AUGUCACAUAUACAAAAUUUAUUAUACCAAAAGCUACAGCAAUUGCAACAGCAACAGCAAAAGCAAAAGCCGCAACAACAGCCCAUACCAACAUUUACAGAAUGUGGACUAAAAAGUAUCGAGUAUCUUAGAGGCUCAGUCAGUAUACUGCGUGAUAUACGGCAAGGACUUUUACAAAUGAGUCGUGAAGGAAGAAUAGAUGAUACAUAUAUGUAUGAUGAUGCGGUGCGAGGUCCUCACUACGCUAUUGGUGGCAUACAUCAUCAAGGACAUUGGUAUGACGAACCACCAUAUGAAAGUGAUCCAGAUGACUUCUUAAUGUCAGGUUUAAACUGUGGUCCAGCGGCUACAAUACAGGGCGGCCGUGUACGUUUCACUUCAAAUCGCGAAAGUACGGGCGUAAUUUCAUUAAGAUCAGCUGGAGAUAUUUCACUACCACAACGUGGACCACCAAGACGCGGUCUUAUCGUACCACAGCAGCCACCAAAUCCACCGACAAUAAUACCAUUAACGCAUGCCAGAAUAUUUCCACAAUUGGCUCAUAGUACAUCAGAGAAACCUAUCAAAUAG